CGCUGAGAGCACCGUGGAUGGAGAGAAUGUAGCUCCGGUGCUCUACACACACACAGGCACCAAGAGCCAGUGUGCCCGAGUGAAUUUGACAAUGAGUCAUAUUUCAAACCAAGGGAGGGAUCGCUCUGCGCGUGUGGGUGCGUUCGCAGCAAGAGGCAUUGAAAAACAUGGCAGAGAAGGAACGACACCGUCCAAAGCGGGAUCCAUAGAAGCAGUCGCACCGUGAUUGGGCCACCCCACACAGUGAGAGAAAAGCAGCGAUAAAACAGUAACCGUGAGAUGGAGCUGAGAGCCGAGCCAAGGUCUGUGGUGGACAGGAAGAAAUAGAUAAACCAUUGAAGCUGGCAGCAGCACUGGGCAGUCAUGGGUAGGUUGUUGUGCCCUAGUAGAUGAGAGAUGAGGGGAGCAAGCCCUCCAUCCUGCCCUGAAACGACUUGCACUGGGGAACAGAUAAAAACGUUGACCUCUGCUGAAGACCGCACUUUAUCCCUGAGCAUGAACCUGGUUGAAACAUAUGGGCGGGUUUGACAACUGACCAACAAUUCAAAGUGACUUGAAUGUUACUGUUUAAUACAUGCACCAGCUCUGAUGUAGCUCCCUCAGGAGCCCUCCCGACUAAUUACUUGGUUUAUCAACAAUAAAAAAGUUUGGUCGCACACAGCAUACACCUGACUGAGUGUGUUACGGCUGCCCAAGUGAGGUGGUGCACAUAGACAGCAUGCAGUGGAGGAGGCGCCACUGCUACACGCACGUCGCUGGCCUACUGUCUCUCCUCUUGCUCCUGAUCAUCCUGGGCCAUCAAGACUGGCUGCCGGGCCUCAGUGGGACAACAUGGCAGAGGGAGCACCCAGUGGCUUACACCGAAAGAGGACUACACUCUACCAAAGAAAAAGGGAAUCACAGCUCAUCACAGAUUCUACUGGUUCCCCCUGCGCCUCCGGAAAGAAAUUCCAACCUCAGUUCCACCCAGGACUCCUCCUUUCCACAGCGGAUUACGGGACUGGAGAACUCAAUGGCUGCUAAUGCUAGCUUGAGUGGAGAAGUCGGGCUAAGGGGCCUGCUGACCUCAGAGCCAUACCCUUACAUCAUCAAUGAGCCCGACAAGUGCCGGGAGGGCAACCCAGAGCCCUUCCUGGUGCUGCUGAUAACCACGGAGGCCCAGCAGGUGGAGGCCAGGGAGACCAUUCGGCAGACCUGGGGGAACGAGAGCAUGGUCCCAGGCCUCAGCUUUGUUCGGCUCUUCCUGCUGGGCGUAAAGGAGGGCAGGGUGGGCCACCUGCAGCAGAGCAGCCUGGAGGCCGAGAGCCGGAGGCACCGUGACAUCAUCCAGCAGGAUUACAUGGACACUUACAACAACCUGACUAUUAAAACCCUGAUGGGCAUGCACUGGGUGUCUGCGCACUGCCCGGGCGCCAACUAUGUCAUGAAGACAGACAGUGACAUGUUUGUCAACACAGAGUAUCUCGUGCACAAGCUGCUCCGGCCAGAGAUGCAGCCGAAACGGGACUACAUUACGGGCUACCUGAUGAGGGGCUUUGCACCCAACAGGAACAAGAAUAGCAAGUGGUACAUGUCGCCCGAGCUGUACCCCAGCGAGGUGUACCCUACUUUCUGCUCAGGAACGGGCUAUGUGUUCUCAGGGGACCUGGCUGGAAAGAUCUACAGGGCCUCCCUGAGCAUCCGCAGGCUGCAUCUGGAGGACGUUUACGUGGGCAUCUGCCUGGCCAAGCUGCGGAUCGAACCCACGCCGCCGCCUAAUGAGUUCCUGUUCAACCACUGGCGGGUGUCCUACUCCAGCUGCAAGUAUAGCCACCUCAUAACCUCCCACCAGUUUCACCCCAACGAACUGCUCAAGUACUGGCACCACCUGCAGAGCAACAAGCACAACGCCUGCAUCAACACAUCCAAAGACAAGGUGGGCAGGUUUCGCCAGAGGAAACUGCAGGGGGUACAGCCUAUUUGGUGACAGAGGGUUGAGUGUGAUGUUAGGUCAUUGCCUGUGCAAGAUACUGGGCAAGAGGUGACCGAGUCAAGCAUGUUUUCGGACAAACUAAUGAUUGAAGGCCGUCUUUUUUUAUUACUACAGUUCAUAUUUUUGAGUUUAAUACAUUAAUUGAUUGAAAGAAUAUAUGCAUUGGUGGACAGAUGAAGACAUUACUUAUGUGAAAUGUGGAUGCUGUUUAUUAUGAGGAUAAAUCUUAGACUAUUGGUGGACUGUCACUGUCUAGUAUCCAUUUUGUUCAACUUGAGUUUAAAUACUUUUCCUUUUAAGGUUGAAUCGAAGUAGCAUAAUAAAACAUUUAAAAAGAUCUGUAAGUUUCAGCUAGAGAUGUUUUUUUUUGUUGCAUUGGAUCUACACGUCGCACUUCCGCAUCUGUGGUGAAAGUUGUUAGCAGUUGUCGUCAGACAUUGAGACAUCCCAAAAAUCGGUGGUCUCACAAAAUCAUCCAAGCAGGUUUGGACUACAAACAUUUAUAACCCCUCUAUGGAAAGAUGACUCACAAAAACGAGGGUGUUCUCCAUUUUGCUCUAUGACCACCACAAUUUGGGACUCGUCUGAAGUCGGUACAGCUGAUCUGCGAACUUCUGUAUGCAGCGUCCGAACAGUAUGGGCUACACACUAAUGUGACCCCUCUGUCCCUCCAGGAUUUAGCAACAUUUGUGAAUUCUGCAGCCAAAAAAGCUUGAUUUUGCGUAAACUUUUCUGAAAUACAUUUUGCAAUGUUUUUUUUCACAUUAAUUUCAUAAAGCAAUACAAGUCAUGUGCUCAGUUUUAGUACGAUUUUAAGCAGAAUACAUAAUAGAAAAACAAUUAGAAACAUCUAAAGUGCUCAAUUUUGGUUAUUUUCCUUAACAGCUUUGUCAUAAUCCACUCACACCUCUCCAUCAGGCCUGCCAUCAACACAAGAUGCAUCUAACAGAUUCAAAGCUGAUCAAUCUCUUUCAAUUUGAGGAUCAGUAUUUCUUUCUAAUAAGUUAUCAAUAUCAAGAAUUUUGAAGACUUUCUGAGAGGGUCGUAAGGGAGAUGAAAAGAAAACGUAAAAAUAGAGAAUUGUGGUUGAUAUUUACUAUUCCAUUUAUUUUUUUUUAAAUCCAGAAAGAUUUCGUGAUCAGUAUUACAUUUUAGAGAGUUUAAAACAGCAAAGCUGACAAAUUGCACUCAGUGCUUUGAGCAGCGCUCUCCAUAGACAGACUGGGGAGAGCAGAGUGCUGACCCCCCUCCUAAAGCCAAGGUUAGCGGAGUAAAAGUUGAGUAAAACGCCACAACCUGAUUCUUUCAGCGCUUGCCAGUCUUCCCUGCUACCACUUCAGUCAUGGUGAUCUGCCGCUGCUGUGGGAACUGUUCUGACAUUCUCAUAUGCUUUGCUGAUUCGAAGUGACUUGAUCGUCGACAUUCUCUAGUUUCCAAAAACAUUUGGAAAUUGUUUCGCACGGUCGUUAGCUGUUAUUGUUGGCAAAUGAGAUUAAUGAACAGAAAUCACUGCCCGUCAGCCAUCAACAAUCACCCCUCUUUGCACGCAAAUAUGCUGACAGGCCAGGGGGAAAAAAGAAAAGAAACCUGUUGACGUGUGGUUGGAUUGGGCCAUUUUCCACGGUAACAGUGCAGUAAUUGGUAAAAAUUUACAAACUCGCUUUUGAUUGGACCCUUUUAUGCGCUAAAAGUGCGGGAAUUGGUCAAAAUUGCGAACUACUGCAUCAUAUGCGUUGAUUGGUUGAUUUUGCAUUGAAUUAUGCGAUCACAGAAAUGCAGAAUCCUGGGAGGGACUGCCCUCUGCAAAGAUGACUUUCACUGACACGAACAUGUCGGUUGUUUUGCUCUAAGACGCCCAUAGGCCUCAAGACUCGUCUGAAUGUCCCCUGGUACCAGUUGAAAUAAAUUUAUGAAAGUACACUGAACAAAAUAUAAAACGCCACGUAUUGUUCGUCCCAUGUUUCAUGAGCUGAAAUAAAUAAAAAUACU